AUGUCUGCGCUUCCCGAGAAUUGGGAGUGGGAUUACGAUGGAGAGAGUCAAAGAUGGUUCUACCGCUACAAACCCACGGGGAUUACCCAGUUUCAUUUUCCCCAGCCUGGCGACGAGUUUCCCCAAAGCAUAGACGAUAGCGCCCCCAUCGACCUGGAGCCCGAGGAAAGACUUGUGAGCCAGUUACAAGUCAAAAGGAGGAGUACCGUCGGCGAGAGGAUCUCUACUGCGAAAGCAAAAAGCACCCUGGCAAAGGCUACGAUUGCCGAGGACGAAGAUGGAUCCAGCGCUCCUUGGUUCCAGCCUGAUAUCUUCAUGUACAUGGGACCGGGAGCUUACGAUGACAUAAGUCCACUGCAGGAAGAUGAGGAUGAUCUACCGCCAAAGAAAGACUCUGAAACUGGCCAGACAAAUCCUCCAAAGCCGACUUCAGCGCCAGUUCCAGCUCGGUCGCCAGCUCCGCCACCGACCUCAGAGGUAUCACCGCAGCAAUCGAAUAUAUCACCGGUUGUAAGCGCCGAAACUACUCCACUCGUUGUCCAAAGCCUCCCUGUCAUCGAAAGCCCGCCUGUUAUCGAGAGCCCGCCUGUAACUCAGAGUCGGUCUUUGAUCGAAAGUCACAAUGUAAUUGAGAGCCCGCCAGUCAUAGCCCAACCUGCGCAUGAAAGUCGACCUCCUGUUCAAAGCCCACCUGCUCGUACAACCCAAGAGGUCGACAGUGUGCAAAUUUCGGAAGUCCAUGGAGAAAGUGCCCCUGUAGUUGACGCAAUCCCGUUACUCGACAGUCGCCAGGUUGCAUACACACCGGUUGGGUUCGUGGCCGAGCUUCCCAGCGAAUUGACUGGGCAAUGUCACGAGGAUAUAAACCCCACGCCGGUCGAAUUGCCAGGCAACGACAUCAUGAUGGAUACUGGCCCGCCACUGAUUUAUGCCAACGCCUUUCCUCUGGCCCCUUCAGAGUUGCAUUCGGAAGCGAUACCCCCAAGUCGAAUGCAUCGAUUGGGUAGCACAGAGCAAAAAACACUGUCGUCCGGAUCUCCGAGCCUCAACAACCAGCAAGCAUCUUCAGAUCCUCACCGGCCUCCUCUCCGCCAGAACUCGAUGCCUCAGCCGGCUCCGGCCGCUACACAGCAGAAUUCAGCAAGAGAUCCGUAUCAGGGACAAUACCGGCCGUGGAAUCCAACCAUCAACACCGUUGCCGAGGAAGCUCCCAGACAGGCUCCGGUCGGAGAAAAUAAGAGACACUCGCUCGCAGGACCACCGCCAUCCAAUUGGAGACGGCCAGAGAUUCCUGCCGCCUUGUCAGCGCCAAUGGUUUCACCGAAGCAGCCAGUGGAUGACGAAAGCACACCACCCGCCCCUGGAUAUGGAUUGAGGCAAGAGAAUACUUCCUCGCCUCCACAACCGGGCAACGCUUCAGGGCUCACUCAUGUUCCGUCGGUUCUUCAGCCUGCCCGAGGACGCCCUGUGCUCACGAAAUCCCGCCCCCAAAGCAAGAGUCCGCCGAGUCAAGGCCCACCGAGCCACAGCACAGACACCAAUCAGAGGUACACGGCCUACAAACCUACCUCGUGGGAUUUGCAGCGAGACAUUGAGGAAACCGUUGAGAUGUUGUCUAAAACAGGCUACGGCCAAGCAGCUGCCGAUCCGGGAGGUCCAGAUCGGCCUGCGUUUCCGAGAACAAGCACUGCCCCAGGCGACUCCAUGAUCGGCUCAUACUACGCUAUGCGCCCGCAGAUCCCUCCGUCAGCUCCUAGCGCGCCAAGCGCCCUGCAGAAUGUUAAGUCCCAACCAGCUUUGUCUUAUCAUUACAACAUCAGCGAGGCAAGUACGACAAGAUCCCCGGAUUUUGUUGCUCCCCUCCCGCCCUCAAGUCCCGAUGUCCCGCAGCCCUUGAAGCUCACCCGUAAAUCUCCUCCUCCUCCUGAUAUCCAGAACCGUUUGCCAACCGUAUCAUCUACUCUUAGGCCCCCAGCACCACCUACCGAAGUUUACAUAGUGUCCCGGGAGACCACACCAGUGCCAUCAGACCACCAGAUGGCAUCCGUCCCUGCAAUGAGCACGCCAGAAAUACAGGCAACUAGGGUCCCGGAUCCUGUCAGUCCACCGCAAACGCCGCCUUUGCCGUCGAAGCAUGCAGCAACUACUCCCUCCAAGCCAUCGUUUCCCAGUUUUUCUGCUCGAACUUAUACGUGGGGCAAAGGACAACAAGCAGCCGAACCUGGGGAUUUACUCGGUGUCACGGCACAGCCCUUGGCGAAGGUUCACUCGGGUCCCGUACCUGGUCAGAUCUCAUCGCCGGACACAACGAACGUUUACACUCUUGACAACACGCCGGUAAUGCCAGCGCCACAGGGUCCUAUCAGGGAUGUUGGCACACCUCUACAGCAUAUUCUUCCGCGCGAAUCAUCGAUGAAUCAGGACCAUGGACAGUUUUCAAGUGCGGCCAACAAACGUCAAUCUUUGCCCCCGACGACUAGGCCAACGCCGUGGCAGGCUCAAUACUUUCAGUCUGGUGCUGGAGAAAGCUCGAAUCUUCAACCUGGCCCUAACGAUGGAGGGUAUAUGAAUCCUCAGUCAACAACAAGACAAGCACCUAAUCACAGCGGUGCUCGAGAUUCAUCUUCCCAAAUUCCGAAUCAGCACGGUCCGCCUCGACCACCAAAGAUGCCUCACACACCAAAAUCACACAGCUCGAAUCUUCGUACCCCUCCGCCAUCUUUACCGCCGAAAGCACCAACAUCAGGGACGCCUCCCGUGUCUAAAGCGACUCCAUAUGUUCUCCCAGCUGGUCAUCAUCCGCUCAGCUCCCACCCAGUGGAUCUUUCACAAAUCCCGCCUUCAGUAUCACCAGCGCCGCCAAAAUCAAAUUGCCAAGUUCCGCCAGCUGGUGCUUCCCCGCCCUCGUCGACAAGUAAUAACCGAUACAGCAUGUUUAUCAGCCCUGAUACAGAUCUUUCCUCUCAACCACCGCCUACUACAAACAAACGCUGGUCCAUUGUCGGAUCACCACCGCAAAUCACAAACCUACACACACCCCCCAACACAGACGACCGUGUGCCCCCCGGCUUAGUACCCAAAAGAACAGCCUCUUUACGACGGACAACACCAACUCCAAACCGGUCUUCCCCAGCACCACCAUCUCAACCGCAAAAAUACACCGCAUUCACCCCACCCACAUCUCCCCCAUCAACAAACAUGAACCCACCAGGAGCUCGAGCCCAGGCAGCACCACCGCCCCAACCACAGCAAUUUAUCCAACCGCAACGCAUGUUCUCCCCCCCACCGCAGCAAGAACCACAAAAGAGCUCUUUCUUCAACAUUGGGAAACUUUUUAGGAGUGAUAGUCUGCGCAAAGGAGGUGGGGGGUCGAGCAGUCCGGGGAUGAAACUACAAAAGAAUGCAAAACACGCCGGUGGUGGUGGUGGUGGUGGCCAAAUGCAGCAGGGCGGGCGAACACUGCAGAUGACGGCGCAGGUGCCACACCAUCAGCAACCGGUUCAGCACUUGCAUCAGAAUUCUCAGCCGUCGUUGUACCAGCCGGGGAAUUAUCCACCUUUUCCUUCGCAGGGUUUCAACGGGGGGGGUAAUAGCGGGGGGCCGUUUUUUGGUAGUGGUGGUGGUGGGUUUAGCGGGGGUGGAGGCCGGCCGUUUAGUAUGGUUAUGGCGCCGAGUGGUACCGGUGUGGGAACAGUGAUUAGGUCGCCGGGACAGAUGCCGAGGAAUAGUCGUGAUGGUGCUGGAUGGGGUUAUCAGUAUCGUUAA